CAGUCUGCACCAGCUCAAAAAUGGAAUUGCCUCUAAAUCAUUUUGUGAACAUCGAUUGAAUGAGGCGGCUGAGUCUCGAGGAUCGACAGUUAAUGGACAGUAUCACAUCCCAGACCUUCAGUCUAGACAAGCAAUUCAAGAACUUCAACUCAUGAAAAAUGGACCGGCAACUAAUGAAAACCGUCUCAAUGAUCGACUGAAGUGCGGGGAAUCCACAAUCAGUGACGACAACCACAGGGAAGAAUCUGAAUCAACAAUGGAUAAAUGCAAUGCCACAAAAUCUAGGCUCAAAAUGAAUGAAUAUGGUCUCAAUCAUGGAAUGAACGUCCAAAGGUCAACACUUGAGGACCAAUGCAAUCAAACAUUUUGUGAUCAAAUGAUUCAUGGAAAUACUCCUAUACCAGCAAUCGAGAAAUCCCAACGGGUGAGGUCACAGGGGUCAGCAGUGGAUGAAAAUCAGCAGAUUCAUAGGGUUAAAGAUAGACCAGUGGUGCAUGAUGGGGUGGUUGAAGAAAUGACAGAGUUGGUGAGAAGUGCAGGGCAAAAAGGGAUGUCACCAAGUUUUGGCAAAACAGCAGUGGAGGGGAUUUUGGAGGAGAAAUGGUUAGAGGAAGUAGAGGAUACAGCUAGGAGAAUAGCUCAGCCUCUUUGGCAGCAUAGCCACAGAGGAGAUGAAGUAUUAGUUCCCCUGGUGGCUUGUAUGACCAAUGACUUGAUUACAACUCCCAAAAGGUGUAGCCCUUUUGGGAGUGAAACACCCACAGUCCAUAUGAUUGAAGAAACAGACAUUGCAUAUGAUGGCAGAGCAUGGGAUUUCUAUUCCAACGUCAGAGCAACAAAAUGUAAAAGUAAUUCUCUUUCUGUCCGUAUGGGAGAUGAAAACUUAAUGCCGGAUUCCAGUGCUGACCACACAGACACUGAGAGCAGUGGAGCCAGUAUGGUAGUCGACAAUGUCCUGCCUUCGUCCAGCAUUAAUACCGAGGUCAAUUGCGCUCAACUGGAACACAACAGACAGAUGUUUACAGAUGCAGGCAUGACACUGGACAAGUACAGUUUGGACGAGACAAAACUUCCUGUUUGCACGAGUCGGCACAGCAUAAAUAUUGCACACACAGGCAUAUCAAUGCCUGCCCACAGAAGAGAAUCAACAGACAGCAUCACAGAGUCCAUCUGUAGGAGUCUAGAGUUUGAUACCAUUGAUUUUACAGGUAUAUCGUUGACAAUGGGUACAAAAGGAGCACCUGCCACAUCAGAAGCCGUCCCCGGUACCUAUUACAGUGUGUUAACAGAGAGAUUAAAUAGCACAGGUCAUUUCAGCAUCUCUUGGUCAACAAAAGACGUCUCACCUGUUAUAGACUGCACAGAAACAGACGGACACACCCUCACAGACGGAGCAGCGGGCAGUCUUGAUGUCUGUCAGGUUACUGGCAGAUCAACGGAUACAUCAGAGGACAGUCACUGUCUUUGUUUGGCAGCUGACACACAGUGCAGUAAAGACACUGGAUUAACCGACAGCAUAGACCAUCUACUUUCUCCCUGUACUGGAAAAGACACGUGCACAAACCCAUUAGACCAUACAUCCUACCCACACACACAGCAUUGGGUGACAACCGAUGACAUUCUAGACAACCUAGGCCUUUUUUCAAAGGAAUGUGAUAAGACAAGCUUUUGCCACACUGAUGCAACAUCACAGUCCGAUGAGAAUAAAGAGGAAAAGCAGGAGGAUGGGAGAGGCACAGAAUGGGGUGCCAUGUUGCAGGACAUAGAUUUGGACCUACCUCCUUCCCCUGAUUAUGGAGAUCUACCAGGUCCCAUGUUGCAGGGGGUAGAUAUGGACCUACCUCCCUCCCCUGAUUAUGGAGAUCUACCAGGUCCCAUGUUGCAGCGGGUAGAUUUGGACCUACUUCAUUCCCCUGACUAUGGAAACCUACCAGGUGCCGUGUUGCAGGAGAUAGGUUUGGACCAACCUCCUUCCCCUGACUAUGGAGAUCUACCAGAUUUAGAUGUCGAACAAUGCCUGCAAUACCUGAAUACCUUUACAGAUCAAGAUCUCUUUGACUUGGCAAGGUGGAAUUUUGAAGAAGAACAAGACAACAGUGUCACAGGUGAUGUUGAGGUGCCAACCGUACUGGCCAGCCCAGAUGACGUCCAACAGAGACAAACAGAUGAUACACCUAUCAGACGAAAGCGACGCAGAGUUGCCAGAUCAGAACAACGUACCGACGACAGCGCCCCGUCCCAAAAACGGCAGAAAGGAGCAGGUCAGAAAAAGAGCAGAUCUACACGGGCCGAGCCAGUCACCAAUAAAGGUGGUAACACAGUGGCAGAUCUUCACCCAGCAGGGAAGGAGGCCCCCUCCACUCCUCCACCCCAAAUCGUACAGCUGCCUCCCUCCAUCCAGUUCAUCACGGUCCACAACUCUCCAGGAUGUCACCUUGUCCCAACACUGAGGCUUUCUCCCCACCCGCUAAUCAGACUUCCACUGCCCAAUACACCGACCACACCUACAUACAUAUUGGUGCCUGCUCCCUCACCACCCUGCAAACGCCAAGUGCCACCCCUUUCCCCAGUUGGUGGUGCAGUAGCUCCAGCGGUCAUGGGUUCAUCUCCCCCAGGAUCUCUAUCAGACACUGCCAGCAAAGCCCUGUCUCCCCCCUUAGCCCCACCGCUCUCCCCCAAUACAGAGGCCUCCCCUUGUAAAGAAUCGCCUCGCCCUCAGUGUCAAUCCCCACCUGUCAUAGAUAUUCCACAGAGUGUGAAGGACUACAUUCAGCAAGCCAAAGCUCACAUGCUGCAGAGUCAGGAAAUGGAGGCAGACCUGAGUCUGACAUCUCAUUAUGUGGAUGUGCAGUUGGUCGAGAGAUCAAUCCUUCGCUGUGCUAAGAAUACAAACAAAUCCCUGGACAAGGAGCUGGCCAUUGUGGGAGAUGCAGAGCGGCAAAAAAGCUCCCUGGGGCGGAGUCAGAUCUUUGAGGGUCCAACCGAAGCCAAACCAAAACGUACUGUUCUGUUACUUGGCAAUGCCAGCAUGGGAAAGACCACUUUGAUCAAGAAGCUGUGUCAUGACUGGUCCAACGACUGUCUCCCCCAGUUUGACUUUGUCUUCUUAUUGGAUGGCAAAGCUCUCAGUCUAAAUGAGCCAACCUUUAGCCUUCAGACCCUCCUACUCGAGCUGUCGUCCUCGGCCCCUUACUGCCUGGACCCCAACUCUGUCUUCACUCAGGUCCUUGCGGCCCCAAAGCGCGUGCUAAUCAUCUUUGAUGGAUUUGAAGAGUUGAGGGACUAUGAAGUGUUACUCCAGACUCAGGAAAAAGACUUGGCAACAUCACUACUGAAGGACAGUAAGAAACAGAUCUACACAGUAAGACAGUUGUACUCUGCUAUCCUGCAGAGGGUUGUCCUUCCAGGCUGCACUCUUCUGAUCUCUACCCGACCAAGAGGCAAUGCCAGCCAGCUCCUACGGCGGUCGGACAGGCUUCUGGAGGUCUGUGGCUUCACCUCCACAGAUGUAGAGACCUAUGUGUCCCAGUACUUCACUGAUCCUGCCCUCAAAGCCUCAGCAAUGGACCGCCUGAAGAACAGCAGCUAUCUUCUCAGCCUCUGCUGGAACCCUGGACUGUGUCGUCUGGUUUGCUUGGUCAUAGAACAGUCCAAAGGUUCAGAUGACCUACCAAGAACAUUGACCGGACUCUGUCGUCAGGUGCUUUGGCUUAAAAUGGAAUGUGAGUGUAGGAGGGCACAAACAUGUGAUAAAGCUCAAGAGACAAACGGUCAAGAGGAACCCCAGACACAAAUGCCAGGCAGCACUCAUGCACAAAGGUGCCAUAAAAAUAGUCAGGCCAAAGUCAGAAGAAGGCUACGCACUCGUUUGCGUGCCCACACAGCAAAGGUGGCAGAGUUGAGAGAGGAAGAUGAAAUGGAUGGAGAGAAGAAUGAAGAGAGUGAAGUGGACAGAACACAGGAGAGAGAAUUAGUGUCCAAGCUCAGCUCUUUGGCCUGGGAAGGGGUGAAAGGCAACUCCUCCCUCCUUCCCACAGGACAAACAAUCCCUGCAAGACUUAGAGGGGUCGGCAUCAGGACAGGACUAUUCCACUCUCAUCGUAUGAGAAGGGUGAAGGGUGUCACAACUGGUGAAAGAGAUGGGGGAGGAAUAGAGGGCAGAGACGAGGAGGAAAGAGGGAUUGUGGGAAAAGGAGAAAGUGGAGAAUUUACGAGAAACAGAGAGAGGAUGGACAGCAAAGAUGAUGAGUUCAGUGGUGACCACAUCUUGUCAUGGGCCAACCCCUUUCUGCAGAGUUUCCUGGCAGGGGUCCACCUGUCUCUGUCAAGGACUGUAGCAGAACGCACUUUCCUGCCCCAGGUCCUGCCCUCCCCGUCAGGCCCGAGGGGGCGUCGCCGACCUCAAAGGGAGGAGCUUGAGCUCACUCAGCGAUUCGCCAUCGGCCUGCUAUUCCCCAGCCGGACACAGCUGCAGAGACACUUAGGCUCAGAUGUACUCUCCAAGGAUACAGUUCUCGCCAAGCGGGUCUCAGUAACACAACACCUAGAGGGGCAUUGCAAUGCCGACCUGAGCCCAGCCCAGAUACUGGAUGUGUGUCAUUAUGUUCACGAGGCUAGUGCCACAUGUGGCAACGGCAGUAGAGACAGUGGUGGCAUGCGAUUGGCCGGUCACCUUGCAAGAAAGCUCCCGGAGGUUCUGACAUUCCGUGGAGUUCCGCUUGGCCCGCCGGACGCAUUUGUGGUGCGGAAGGUUCUAGAACAGGCUGGAGCUGAAGGCAAAAGGUUUUGUUUGGGACUUGAGGACACUGGGAUACAGAUCGCUGGGCUCAGAGCAAUGAUGGAACUCUCCAACAUCAACACAUACAGGGCAUGCAUUGCUGAUGUCAUCAACCUGUGGGAGGAGCUAGGGCAAAGUGGGGAAGAGGGGCUUCUUGAAGGGGCGGUGUCCAAAUUCAAGAUCAACCCUUUGAAAGCCACUCAGGUCUGUCACAUAGAGCACCUGGCAAAGCUGGUCAGCAUACACAUGCAGAGAAGACUCUCGCACAGUUCCAGCCAAUCAGACUCCAUCCUUGCAGAGGGUGUGCCCGCAGUCAGAGAGCUACACAAAUUGGAGCUGGAGCUGGGACUGGAGAAUGGUCCCCUGGCUCUUCCAAAACUGUGGGAGCUUCUGCCAGGCCUACACAACCUACAGCACCUAGAUCUUGAGAAAAAUAAGAUAGGAGACAGAGGAGCAGAGCAGCUGGCUGAGGCUUUAGUUUCACUUCCUUCUCUGGAGGUACUAAGUCUGUCUCAGAACUGUAUAGGAGACCACGGGGUGCAGAGACUAGCACCCGCACUGAAGACCCUGCCCUCUCUGCACCGUCUAAGUCUCUACAGCAAUGCCAUUUCCGAUGGUGGAGCAGAGAGCCUUGCUGCUGUCCUGUCUCACAUGACCUCUCUCACCGACCUUGAUGUGAAGUUUAACAAGCUGACAGACGUUGGAGCGCAGAGCUUGGGAGCUAGUUUGAAAAACUGCCCAUGGAUGAAGAGUUUGAGGAUGUGGAACGAGUGUAUUCCAUACGGAGUUUUCGAGAGACUUCAGCAGCAGGACCACCGGAUCCUUUCACAGUAGAACAUUAGAGUAUCUCCAAACCUGUUUAAGCCACGGGACGAGGCUCUGAAGUUGUCUUAUGCACUCAUUCACCCCAUUAGUGUGUACACUACACAUUGCUAUAUAUAUCAGGUACUACAUUUUCUUAAGCUCUGGGUGUGUGCGUGUGCAGUUGAGAGGCAGUAACAGGAAGAAAGAGAGAUUGAGCCACUUUCAUGUAAUACUCCAAUCAAUGCAAUCAAGGGAACAAAUAUUUUUUUCAGCAGCGUUCAGUAUGCACAGUGUUAUAGGUUUUGUAUGGCAGCAAUAGAGAUCCCUGUAGCAGAUAUUUGCACUAUGACUUAUUUUUCUACUGUCUUUGUAUUGAUGUCGGCUUUUGUGUUACUGUAGGUCAGCUGUAGAUCUUACACUGUCUUGCUUCAUUCUUUGAGAGAAUGAUGGUGUGUUGCACUUGAACAUCUGUUGUUUACAUUGUUUUUAU